UUCGCAACAACGCACGAAGGCAUCGCGGUAAAGCGCGCGCGUUUUGACAGUUCAAUUUUUUAAUAUGUUUUAUUGCAAAUGAAAUAGCUAGAACAGAUUUUUUAUUUUAUUUGUAUUAAUUUUAUGUGAUUUUAAAGCCGGUGUCGUUUUUUAAUUUGGACAUAUUUUGAAGAGACCACAGACAUGUCUACCGGCACACCGAGUUCAACGUUAAACAGCGAACCUUCAUCGUGCACUAAUUCAACGACCUGUGUCAACGGCACAGAAUGCGCUACGGAUUCCUUGCACAGUCUCAUCGAAGACGGUUCACAGAAAAUAACCGUCAACGACUGUACCGGGAACGAGUGUUCUAUGUCUUGCACAGAUAAUAAAACGAAUGGAAAGAAGAAACGAAAAUCGAUUUAUUUCAAUACAAUAGGACGUAUGGUGUGGGCGAUAAUAUUAAUAAUAAUUUCGAUAAGUGGGUUCAUAUUCCCACCGUUGGACGUUAUGCUCUGGGAAAGGUUAAACAUGAGACCAGGUUUUCCUCCUUUCGAAUGGUGGGCAGAUCCCCCAGAUGAGGUAAAGAUGAGGGCUUAUAUUUUUAACAUCACAAACCACGAGAGGUUCAUGAAUGGGUUGGACGCAAAGAUGAAUGUUCAAGAAAUUGGUCCAAUUGUAUACUUAGAAAAACUUAAACAUUACAAUAUAAAAUUCAACGAGAACAGCACAUUAACGUACACGGCUGAGAGAUAUCUCAUUUACCUUCCAGAAGAAAAUACGAUUGACUUAAACGAUACAGUAAUCGUUCCGAAUUUGGCAUUGCUGGGUAUAUCAUCCUACCUCCACGACGCUAAUUAUUUCGUCCGCACUGGCUUCAAAUUGUUGGUAAAUACACAUGGUACCGAAUUCUUCGUCAGGAGGACUAUUUAUGAAUAUCUCUGGGACUACAGGGAGGCUCUACUGGAAACGUCGAAAAAUUUGGCACCAGCCAUCGUGCCUUCCACGAACAUGGGCAUGCUCAGUAAGAUAUACGCAGAUUUCAUAGAUGACCUGACAGUUAAAAUUGGCCCACAAUGGGGCCACGAAAACUUUUUCAAAAUCGAUAAAGUUAGGGGGCUUUCACACUUUACUGGAUACGAUCCAAAUACAUGUCCAGACACACUAAAAGAUUCCACGGAAGGCGUGCUGUACCACCAGCAUCUAUCCAAAGACGAAGAACUUUUGUUUCUCAGAAAAACUGUCUGCAAAGUUAUACCUUUAUAUUUUGAUAGGGAAGAAGUAAUGAACGGUGUGAAAGUUUAUAGGUAUGAACUUCCGGAGAACGUGUUUGAUCGAGUCAACGGGACAGACUGUUACGCAUCAGAUGUUCCGCUACCUGACGGGGUCAGCGAUGCAUCUAAAUGUUUUUCAGAUUUCCCAAUGGUGGCGUCCUACCCCCACUUCUACACCGGAUCACCCCCUAAAGACAAAUAUGUCACAGGAUUGAAACCAGACCCGGCAAAACACAGUUCAUAUGCUUAUAUUGAACCGGUAACCGGUAUCCCGUUUAAGGCUGUAGCUAGAAUGCAGUGUAAUUUACAGAUACACAAUUUGUCUAGUUUUUAUUCACCAGAACUCGAUAAAUUCUCCAAUAUCAUUUUACCUAUAGGAUGGAUUGAGUAUAAUCAGGAAGGCCUUCCUACUUACGUCUUGAACAUGGUAUACUUUAUGUUGGUCAUCCUACCUCCGCUGUCAACUGUCAUAUUCACUGUGACAUUAAUUUUAGGGACUUACCUCAUAAUAAAACAAAUUUAUCGAGGUAGAGUGAGAAAGGAGACGUUACCGUCUAUUUUCCAAUAUAAAAAAACAAUUGUAGAUAAUUUAGAACAUAAUAAAAUACUCUCAUACGAAAGAGAAACAUUUUUAAGUAAAGCUACGAAAAGUUAAGUUUCCGCCACAUAGCUUAAUAACAUAAUUGGCUAAAUAAACAAAAGACGCACGUAGACGUAAAUUCUGGACGCACACACGCCUAGAAAUAUAAUAAUUCAUUCUACAUCUUUGUUCACGUAUUUUGUAGUAAGAAUAUUUCAUUAGGACUUAUAAAUAAAAAAAAAAAUUGAAUUUUUAAGCGCUCUAGGAUUUUUUUUAUCUAUUAUUUCAAAGGCCAACGUGUUACACUACACCGGCUGAAAAUUUACUAUCUAUAUUUAUAAACAAAGUUUUAGCGGACAAUUUCCUGAAAACAUAAAUACUAAUAGUUUAUUUGAUAAGCCAACGAAAACUUACGUUUUUAAUUUAUUUUCUUUAUUAAAUUUACAUGAAUUCACAAGUCUUAGCUACGAAU